AUGACCAGCGACGCCGCGGAAACGGCCCUUCGAGUUGCUAAGCGACCUGGUGGACGACGGGGCUUCGGCGAGGAGCUGCACGUGGAGCGUUGGGACGUGUCGGCGCUGGAUGACAUCACGCGCUACACCAAGCUGGGCCUCGGGGGAGCUUGCGAGCACCGAGGACGCCGUGCUGAUGGGCCGUUGGAGUGGGACCCGGGAGGAAGAGGAGGAGGAGAGGAGGAAGAGGAAGGCACAGGCCAUAGCUCAGCAGCAGACCUCACAUGUAACCACGAUGAUGAUAACGCAUCUCCACGGAAACGGCAUCACAAUGACCCCCGACCCCUGUCUAGGCCACGCCCAGAGAGGCAGGGUGGUCAGAGAGCAGGGUUCCUGGUGGAGGUGUACCAGGUGGCAGAGGAGGAGGAGGUUGCCGCAGCUGUGUUGGCAGCCGCGGAAGUCGUUGCUGCGGUGACGGAGCCGUCUGGGAUUCUUCCGGGGGGGUCAGUGUUGGAACACAACUACUCUCUGACCCAGGGGGGGGAUAGACCCUCGCCCUCCAGCCCCAGCUCUGAGACAGAGACAGAAGAGGAGGUAGAGGGGCAGGAGGAGGGAGAGAGGGAGGAGGAGGAGAGGGAAGAGCAAGAAGGGGUAUUGUUGGAGGAGGAGGAAGAAGAGGAGGAGGAGGAAGGGGAGGACGGAGCAGGGGAUGAGACUGCGGUGGAAGCAGAACUGUCCAGCUCGUCAGAAACAGAAUUUGAGGUGGAACCAGAGCAGGGGGGUGGUCCAGGGGAACGGCCCCAGAAGAGAAGGUGUUUCUGGGAGUACCGCCACGCUCACGCACGGGACUCUGGGAGACAGAAGAAGACUGGAGGGGAGGUCCGAUGGUCCCUCUCCUGGAGCUCUAGCACCCUACCUAGUACCCUAUACCGCAGAGAGGGAAAGAAAGGAAGGCGCAAAGCGAGGAAGACUGACGCCAGUGACCUGACCCCUAACCCUGUGAAGCUCACAAACAUCGGCGAACAGCUGCAGAAACUCAACGCCACCAUAGAUGGGAUGGGUCCUGUUAACGACCUGCCUGUUGUGGCCAGGGCACGCUCACGCAAAGAGAAGAACAAACUAGCUUCCAGGGCCUGUCGGUUGAAGAAGAAAGCGCAACACGAAGCCAACAAGAUCAAGCUGUGGGGACUCAACCAGGAGUACGAGAACCUUUUGGGGGCGUUGCUGAGGAUCAAGGACGUGAUUGGUCAGAGGGUGGAGCGCAGCGGAGAGGAGGUGGACAAAGAUGAACGAGGGAUGACCCAGAGACUGGAGGACAUACUGAAAGAGUCCAGUGGUCCUCUAGUGGCUGGACGGACCAAAGAGUUUGUCCAGAGGAUCCUGGAGGUGAGUGGAGGGGGGCUGACCAAGGCUGGGGCCAAGGGCAAAGACACACAGACCCCCCCUGCACCGGGAGAGGGGACAGCUGCCUAAUGUACCCCCCCAUCACCCCUGACCCCCCCCCCCUGGACCGGGAGAGCAGACAGCUGCCUAAUGUACCCCCAUCACCCCUG